ACAGUUUUCCUCCACGCAUUUACUGUGCGAGCCUGCAUGCAUGGCCGACGGACUUUACCGCAAUGAAUAAUGUGUUUUUCCGUAGAGUAGCUGUGUGAACGGAGAGUGGGGGACGGAGCAGAUGCGGCUCUUGCCAUGAGUCGUCCCGGGAAGCAGAGCUUUCAAGCGGCGUUGAUCUUUCUGUCCGUCGCCCAGCUGACUGCAGGUUUGAGGUGUGUGUGCCAGCUUUGCACCAACCACACCUGUGAGACGACUGCAGACGGCGCGUGCUGGAACUCUGUGAUGCUGAUUGACGGGAAGGAGGAGACGGUCAAGUCCUGCCUGUCGCCCUCUGAGAUGAAGGGCCAGGUCUUCUGCUACAGCUCCAGAAAUGUCUCCAAGAGGAACUGCUGCUUCACUGACUUCUGCAACAACGAAACUCUGCACCUACACCCAGAGAGGCCUUUGGAAGAGCCCGGCUGGAGCAGGGUGCAGCUCUCUGUGGUCAUCCUCGUCCCCUCCUGCCUGUUGUGUAUGGGGAUCCUGCUGGGCGUGUUCGUUGUGCAGGGCAACCGCUGUGCCUACAGCAGAGCCCACAAGCAGGACCCAGAGGAGCCUCUGGACGAUCAGAUGCUAAUGUCCCCCGACAAAUGUCUCAAAGAUCUCAUCUAUGACAUGAGCACCUCGGGCUCCGGAUCAGGUCUGCCACUUCUGGUGCAGCGGACUAUAGCUCGGACCAUCGUCCUGCAGGAGACCAUUGGGAAGGGUCGGUUCGGGGAGGUGUGGCGGGGAAAGUGGCGAGGAGAAGAUGUGGCGGUGAAGAUCUUCUCCUCCAGGGACGAGAGGUCGUGGUUCCGCGAAGCAGAGAUUUAUCAGACAAUCAUGCUCAGACAUGAGAACAUCUUAGGCUUCAUUGCUGCUGACAACAAAGAUAACGGCUCGUGGACCCAGCUCUGGUUGGUGUCAGAGUACCACGAGCAUGGCUCCCUGUACGACUACCUGAACAGGUACACAGUGUCUUUGGAAGGCAUGGUGGUCCUCGCUACGUCCAUCGCCAGUGGGCUGGCACACCUCCACAUGGAAAUCAUUGGAACACAGGGGAAACCUGCCAUUGCUCACAGAGACCUGAAAUCAAAAAAUGUCCUGGUGAAAAAGAACGGCACAGCAGUCAUCGCAGAUUUGGGUCUGGCUGUGAAACACGACUCCAGCACCAACUCCAUUGACAUCCCGUCCAACCACAGAGUGGGAACCAAGAGGUACAUGAGCCCAGAAAUCCUGGACGAGACAAUCAAUACUAGCAACUUUGAGUCAUUCAAGAGGGCGGAUAUCUACUCGCUGGGCCUGGUGUUCUGGGAACUGGCUCGCCGAUGCUCCGUUAGAGGACUUAAUGAAGAUUUCCAGCUGCCUUAUUACGACCUGGUGCCUUCUGAUCCGACCGUGGAGGACAUGAGGAAGGUGGUGUGUGAGCAGAAACUCAGACCCAACGUCCCCAACCAGUGGCAGAGCUGUGAGGCUCUGCGUGUGAUGGGCAAGCUGAUGAGAGAGUGCUGGUACGCCAACCCUGCUGCUCGGCUCACUGCUCUGCGGGUCAAGAAAACUGUGUCUCAGCUCUCCGUCAUCAAGGACAUCAAAGAUUAGCUUCAUUUGUCGCCCUGCAGAUCAGCACUGGUGCUGGCACUGGUGCAGCACGACGGACUGAGAGUUGUUGGAAGCAAACUGGGAGCUGUCUAACGGCCUGAGGCUGCCCUCUUCAGGACGCAGACACACUGUUCACCCUCAGAGAGCAACUGCAGGUUGUUUUUGGUGCCAAAGUAUUGUAGAGGCCGUCUGUGGCUGCUUUGCACAUAGACGCCUAAUUAAAAAAAAAGAAAAAAGAACCAAACAGAUGGUAGGAAGAGCCAUAUGAAGUAAGAAUAUGUAUAAUGUAUGUAAAGAUUGUUUUUGCUACCUCAGACAUUUAAGUGCCCAAAGCUUGAAGUUGCACAUUGUGAUGUUUUUUGUGCCAUAUCUCUUUUAAAACACAGUAUUGCUGAGUAGUUAGUUUGCUAACUGACAAUCACAAAGGAUACUGGAUAAGACACAGACAGACUGUCCCUGAUAAUCUGAAUUUUAAAGUGUUUAAAGUGCUUUUGAAUAGUUAAACAA